CAACUUCCGUUUACGAUGCGAGAGCGUGAAGCAAGAUGGCGGACGAAGAGGAAAUUCUGUUACAAGGAAAAUCAAUUGCCGGGCUACGUGUUGUUGAUUUAAAGAAAGAAUGCGACAAAAGAGGUCUUUCAAAAGCAGGAAGCAAGUCGCAAUUAAUCGAAAGGCUUAAAGCUCAACUUCUCUUGGAAAAAUUGCAGCAGCAGCCAAUAAAUGAAUCAGAUGAAGCUCCAAACAGCAAGCUCAGGGAAGAAGGAGUUACUGGAAACAAUGCAUUUAUAAAACAGUAUCUGGAAAAGCAGCAGAAGCUACUUGUUGUGGAGAGAGAAGCCAGAAAGCGAUUUUCAGAAGAAGAAUCGGAGAGUUCUCAGGAUGAACGCCCCGGGGACAGUCCAAAGAAAAUGCCUUCCCGAGAACCAAGUAUUCCUGAGGAGAGCACACUCCCUGAUCCACCCUCAAAGAAACAUCAGAUCAGUGCACCACUGCCAGCAUCUCCACCACAGAGGGCUCCCCCUCCUCCACCAACACCUCCGCCCCCACAUGCACAGAUGGCGGAUGGAGCGGGAGAUUCAGAAACUGGCAAGCGGACAAGACGGAGGUCCAGCUUGAAUGAGGAGGAGAUGGCAGAACCAAAGGAAGCUGUAGAGGAACGAAUCCCCAGGAAAUCACGGCGUUGGAGGCGGGAACCUGAAGUGAAGGAGCCUGAACCAGAGAGGAUGUCCCGCACCAGGAGGCAGUCCUCCCAGGAAGUGAAGGAAGCAGUGGAGGAAAAGGUAACAUCAGAAACAGAAAAAAACGAUGAGGAAAAAGUCCAGGAGGUUGUAGCUGUAGAACCUGAGAUAAAUUCAAAAUCAGAGUCCCAAGUCAGCAGCUCACAAAUGGUGGAGAUUAUAGCAGACCAUCAAAAAGAAGAGAAAAUCAAUAAAACGGAACAUGACAAAAGUAAUAAAGCGCCAGCAGCACCGGAGGCCAUGGAGGUAGAACAAUCUGAGGCAGCUAUGGAGGAAAAACAGACAGAAAAUGUAACAGAAUCCAUCAAAGACACAAAAUCGCCACAGAAGGAGAUAGAGGUGGUGGAAAAGAUACCAAAAGAGGAGGAAGUAGUGCCAGAAAAACGUGCAGAUGAUGCGAGAGAAAAAACACAUAACAAAAAAGAAAAGUCCAGAAGUAGAUCAUCAUCAAGUUCUUCUAGUUCCAGUUCAAGGUCCAGAUCAAAAUCAGCAGAAAAACGUAAAAGGUCAAGGUCAUCUUCACAUUCUAAGUCAAGGUCAAGAUCAAGAACACCAAAGAAAUCAGCAGCAAGUAGAAUCAGCCGAAAGCGUUCUUCUUCAAGUUCAUCAAGCAGCUCACGUUCAAGGUCACGUUCAUCUUCUGAGUCAGACACUUCAGCUUCACCAUCAAAACAGAAAGGAAGGUCACCAUCUCCAAAGCUGAAGCAGAAGGCAAGAUCACCUUCACCUUCAAAGCCGAAACAGACAGCAAGAUCGCCAUCGCCUCUAAAGGUGCAGGAGAGACGAAGGUCUUCUUCACCUUCACCUCCACCGAAGCCGAAGGAGAAAUCUCCGGGGAGGUCAAAUGAUUCAAGUUCAUUAUCCCCUCAAAGAUCAAGGCAAAAGACAAAGUCAGCCGCAAGUUCAAGGUCAUCAUCGUCAUCUUCAUCUUCUGGUAGUGACAGAUCCCGGUCUCGUUCAAAGUCACCAGUGCAGAGUGACCACUCACCACCCAACUCUCCACAAACUUCCAGUCUGGCUAAAGCCACUCAGGGUUCCAAGAAGGCAGAGGAGGAACAAAUAGACGUGGAAACCCUAGUUGAGAAGAAAGAAGAAAGUUCAGCAGAUCAUGCUGACACUCUGAUUGUGACGGAGGAUACCAGCGAGAAAGCACUCGAUCAUAAGGAGGAGGUCGGGGAACAGUCAGCCAGUCAGGAUGUCAAUCCAAAAAAGAUUUCACUCACAGGUCGAGAGUCCCGGGACAAAGAGGAGGAGAAGGGAGAUGAUGCCGAGAAAGAAAACAAGAAGGAGAAGCCAGUCCGUAAACGAAAAUGGGGUUCAGCACGAUCAUCAACUGACGCCAAACCAGUUAAACGAAUCUCAAACAUCAACAUCUCCACGGACUCGUUAAAGGAACUGAUUCCAGAUAUAAAGAUGACGGAACCCGUUCUUGACCUUGGGAAUGAUGACGAGAAAAUAUCAGACGAGGAGGAGGAUCAGCGUGACGUGGUGAAGAUCAGGCGGACAGUGGUGAUGAAGGAUCAGGAAGAAGAAACAGAGGAAAGGAAGGAAGAAGAGGACGAUGAGAGGAUUAACGUCAAAAUGGAGGUGAAGCAAGAGAAGGAAGAGGAGGAAUCUGGCAGCUCGGCAGAAGAGGAAGAAAGGGAACAAACAACGGUUACCCCUAAAAAGGAUAUAACACCUGUGAAAGAGCCGAAAAUCAUUCGACGAAUCAGUCAGCCUGUCCCAUUGCAGGAAAUUGAUGAACCAAUCGCACCCCAACGUUCGCAAUCUCCUGCUCGUAACCCUGUCAGCAAAAUUAUCCAUGUACGAAAUCUUGUCAGACCUUUCACCCUUAACCAAUUGAAAGACCUUCUGAGGAGGACGGGAAAUAUAGUUGAAAACGAAUUCUGGAUUGACAAGAUCAAAUCUCACUGCUUCGUCACGUAUGAGACCGAAGAAAAUGCUGUUCAGACAAGAAAGGCUCUACACAAUACAAAAUGGCCAUCUUCCAACCCUAAAUUAUUGUGGCUAGAGUUUGCCUCCCCUGAAGAGAUUGAGUUCAACAAGCAGAAAGAACAAGGACCAAAAGCAGCAGUUCGAAGAGAUAGCCAACAGGAAAUGAAGGAAAAGAGGGAGAAAGAGCGAGAGAAGAGGGAGAAAGAGGCACAGAAGAAAAGGGAUGAACCCAAACCACCGCCAGUUCGGGAGUGGGACAGGGACAAGAUUCGCCAGUCGAGGGAAAGGGAGCUAGGACCAACAGGAAAGAGGCGGUCAAGGUCUCCAUCUCUGGGACGGUCUCGACGGGGCCGGGAACGCAGCAGGGACAAGGAAAGGAGGGAAAAGAAAGCUGUACCAGAUAAGAAAGUGGAAGAUGAGCCUCCAGCUAAACUGUUGGAUGACCUGUUCAAGAAAACCAAGACUACUCCCUGUAUAUACUGGCUUCCACUGACAGAUGCACAGGCGGAGCUGAGGGAGAAGGAGAGACUCGAGCGGGUAGCCUUGAGGGAGAAGAUACGUGCCAGGGAAUCUCCUGGAGACAAUAGACCUCCAAUGCGUGAACGGGGGAACAGACCAGACCGACCAGACAUGGACAGGCGCAGACCACCGUCGCCUUACAGACGCCCCAGUCCACCACGGCGAGGAGGCCCUGAGCAGGACUCAUUCAGAGAUCGAAGUGGUCCUCGGCGUCCUGAUCGAGGUGGACCACCACGAGGAGCGCCUCGUAGUCGUAGCAAAAGUCCACGACGGCGUAGAUGAUAGAUACAUCACUUAAGAGGGGAGGGGAAGUAUAGUCAAGUAUAUCACUAAGAGGAGAGUUGGGAGAGGGGGAUAUCGUAUAGGUUAGGCAUGAUAAAAAGUACUUCAGUUUCCUGAAUCCUAGUGUAAUCUAGUUUUAACUGUCGACCCAACAAUCUUUUCUUCUUUUGAAUUGAAAGAUACAAAAAUUGCAUUUUACUGGAUAAACAGUUGUGUUUUAAUUGUUUCAUUAUAAAACAGAAUUAAUAUCCAUGUUUUUAAAAAUCUUUUGAUAAUAAAUGAUUUUCCAAAAAACAAAAUGAAAUAUUAAAAAAAAUCAAAAAAUCUACAUGCACUACUUUUGGGAGAGAUGAAACAGGAAACAUACUUACUAUUUUACCUAGCCUUAGUUAUGUUAAUUUAUGUUAAUCGGGCAUUAAUUGAUGUUUAACCAUUAAUUUUAAUGAAAUGUUCAGGGAGCUGAAGAUUUUAUCAGGAAUUAACAUAGACCAAGAUUGGGUGUUUGGGAUCGGAGGGGGGGGGGG